AUGACUCCACCGUCACCGAAAAAAGUGAAAAUUAAUGUCAAAAAUCGAUCAAUUGUGUGGAAGUUUUUUAAAGGAAAAAUUGAUCCAUCAAUGGAGUAUGUUGAUUGUCCAUCGUGUGGAAAACGUUUAAAAUAUCUUGGAACGACAUCUGGAUUAAAGAAUCAUAUUGAGAACAUGCACGGAAAGGAAAUAGAGGAAAUCAUACAAAAAGAGAGAACUGCCGCAAGUUCCGAUGAAAAAUCAAAUGAAGAAGCGAAUAGAGAGUUGGCGAAAGCGUUUGCAACGGGUUUGGUUCCCUUCCGUUUUGCCGAGAAUCCCGAGUUUCAGAAUUUUCUUCAAAAAAUUCCCGAUGACUACGUGUUGCCAAAUGCAAUGAAAAUGAGAGUUUUGAUUGAUGAGAUAGCGUCAAAUCAUGUGUCAAAAGUCAAAAAACAACUUGAACCAAUCGGAAAGUUCACAUUACUCUCCGAUGGAUUUUCUGAUAGAAAAAGAGAUUUCCACUUCUAUUCGGCACACUUUUUGGCUUUGCGAGCAGUGAAAAAAGGCGAUUCGGCAUCAAUCGGAGAAGCUAUCUGUGACAUUCUCAAUGAGUUUGGCUUAGAAUUUUCUAACUGUUCAACUCUAACUGCAGACGCUGGUUCCCCGUUGGUUUCUUUAGCUGAUAGGCAUCAAAUCGACAGUAUGUCAUCUGCAAAAGGAAUUAAUGUUCCGCUCCCUCUACCAAUAGCACCAACUCGUUGGGGUGGAAUAAGUAUACUUUUGUGCCGAUAUCUUGCACACCAUGAAUCGGCAAAAAAUUUGGCUGAUUUUCAACAUUUAUUGCUGAAAUCGUCGGAAAUUGAUCAAGUGAGACAGUUGUCAAUAAUUUUGAAGCCGGUUCAUGAUGCAAUUCUGCGGAUGGAAAGAGAUUCCUCAUUCGCUUCAGAAAUCGUUCCCACUUUGAUAUUUUUGCAAACUAUCACUUUGAAAAGUGAUGAACCACUGGCACAAAAGUUGGCUGAUCUUGUUAGAAAGCGUUUGGAUACAUGUAUGUCCAAUUAUCGACUUCUCAGCACCAUGCUUUGCGAUCAUCGAUACGCAUAUGUGAAAAAGUGGAUUGAACCUCUUGAAUGGAAAGAUGUCGAAGCUUGGGUGGAAACUUAUGAUCAAGCACCGCCAACAGUAAUUAAUGCACAACGCAGUCAUGUUGAUAACGAAAAUAUAGAUGAAUUUUUGAACAGCUCUUUAGCAUCGGAUUCCAUCGUUCAAAACGAUAUUAAGAGCGAGUUCGUUCGUUAUCGUGCCCUUCUCACCACCAAUAGACCGACAUGCUCUUCUCCACUUGAUUUCUGGAAGACUCAGUCAUCGAACUUUGAGAGGUUGUCGGUUAUCGCUCUAGAGCUUCUUGCCAGCCCUGCGUCGUCGUCCGUUUCGGAAAGAACGUUCAGCCGAUGUUCUGAUUUCGUUCGCCAGAGGAAAAGAAACCGAGCCAAACUGGAGACAUUGAACAAUUUAUUAACCGUCUCUGAAUUGUCGAAAAUUAAAAGGCAAGAUCGUGCAGAAUUCUCUGACAAUGAGAAUUGCUUUGAACAGUCAGAUGACGAAUAUUCAGAUUCUGGAGACGAAUCUGAGGAUGAUGAUGACGUCAUUUCGAGUCAGAGAGGAAGGUUAGAUGAAGAAAUGAACGAUAGCGACGAGUAG